GACCGACAGCGAGAUAAGCCAAUAGGCACGAGGGGCGGCCGGCAGACCGGCCAAUCGCUGUGCGACAGACGGGCCGUGGGCGGGGGCGCGGGACGGCCGGAAUGUGGCGGGCGUUGGUGGGAGGCUGCCGGCUGCUGCGGUCCCUCUCCGCCGCGCCCGUGGUCGGGGGGGCGGCUGCGAGGGGCGCGGGGGGCGGCGGAGCGGCAGCCGAGGCGGCGGAGCGGCGGCAGGAGGCAGACACUUCUCUUCCAAAAUUCAGCAUUGACUUUGUUGUAAAUCUGCUGAGGCAAGAGAAUGCAAAGGACAUCUGUGUCAUCCAAGUACCUCCAGAAGUAAAAUACUGCAAUUAUUUUAUAGUUGUGAGUGGAUCUUCAACACGGCAUCUCCAUGCAAUGGCACAUUACAUGCUGAAGAUGUACAAGCAUCAGAAAAAAGAAAGUGAUCCUCACACUCGGAUUGAAGGGAAAGAGACAGAUGACUGGCUGUGCAUUGAUUUUGGAAGCAUGGUGAUACACUUCAUGCUGCCAGAGACACGAGAGACUUAUGAACUGGAGAAGCUGUGGACUCUAGGUUCCUAUGAUGACCAGUUAGCACAGAUGACUCCACAGUUACUGCCAGAAGACUUUAUACUAGGACUGACUUCUGAAGAGCAGUGAUCAACUUGUGACAAGAACUUAAUGUAGCUGCUGAGGUGCCUGACUAGAAGGAGACAUGAGACACUGGAGGCACAGCGACUUGGGCAUCACAACAAGUGAUCAGCAUAAACCAGUGUAUCAAAAGAGCUACCGGACUGUCAUAAAGGGGCAGUAUCAUAGGGGACCUUCCUGAAAGAAGGUGUCUCAAUGGAGUUCGCAGUGAGAACAGUAGGAAAGGACAACCAUUUAAGCUACUUACCCCCAAAACUCAGGCACAGCCUCUGCAAUGGCUGUUUUUCUAGCAUCUUUGAAAGGCCUGCUAGUGGUGGCAGUGUAUGCUGAAGUGCAUGCACCUUUCCUGCAAAAUGGCUUGAGUGCUGUAAGGUAAAACUACAUUAAGUAGUAAAGUUUAAAUGAGGCUUGUUGUGUGAAGUCAGUUGCUUUUGGUUGAGGCGAAGCAAAUAAUGUGCCAAUUUGAAGGAAGAGAGAAAACAGUGGUGUUGCUGAGCACAUAAAAGCCAAGAGUAGCAGUGACAAAUGUGUCUUGAAUUAACAGAAUAGUAAAUCAGUUCUUCAGCCAAGGCCAAUCUGUUUUUAAUAAUAAUAAUAACAAAAACACAACUGAAGAACUUCAACUCCUUGCCUUCCUGUUAAAACAUACAGCUCAUUAUAAGUGCACAGCUAACCUCUCUCAGAAGUUUUCAUCUCACCUGGUUCCUGCAAAAGGACACCGAGGAACAUGCUGUGGCAGUGUAAACCUUCAGACCUUUUGAGGUGGGUGAAAAGUCCUAGAGGAAGCCCUUUGUUACUCAGCAUAACUUGCUGUUGGACAGAUAGUUCAUCACUUUCAUUGUCAUUGCAUGCUGUUCUUAGUCAGCAACUACUAAAAUCCAGCUAGAAGAGCUUCAGGAUGGUAACAAGUCUUGUUUUCUCAUUACGGAACAAUGCUUUCAUUGCUAGAGUAAGAUCUCUUUCUUCUGGUGAAGCUUGCUUUGCAUCUGGAUUUUGGUUGGUUUGUAAACAAAGAAUAUCAUUUGCCCUAUUUCAAUCUGGGUCAUUUAU